AUGGAUGCCGAAAUGGAGGAUAUCCAUAAUAUCAUUGAUCUGAGCUUCCAUAAAGGAUCGGAAUGUUAUGAAAUGGGAGAGGAAGAAUUGGAGGAAGGAGAGUUGAUUGAAGGGCGACCACAAAUCCCCAGCUUCAAAGCAUUCAAGCUAGCUACAUUCGAAGCCAAGGAUAAAGCAGAUCGUCUUGCCAAAAUAGAAAUAUGGGAGGAGAGUAUGAAGAGGCGAAAAGCGCGGAAGCAGUGUGUGAGAAGCGUGGAAGGAGCGGCAUGUACACGAAAUGUUCAAGCAGAAUUACCUCUUGUACCUUCCACACCUUCACCGUUGACCCAGGACUCAAUUUAUAAUAAUCGGCAAGAAUCUAUGGCUUCUGAAACAAGUGGUUGGACAGAAGAAGAAAGGGAGCAGGCUAUUCACAAUGGUAUAUACGGAGAUGCGUACGGGGGUAUAUAUGGCGAUGUUUAUUGGGAUACGAAUGUGGACAUACAUGAAGAGAAUCUCGUUUCAGAAAAUUUCUCGCGUACAAGACGAAAGAAAUCAAAUCGAAGUAAACGAAGGAAGAAGGCAGCAGAACUUCAAGCGUCGCUGCAAAUCCAUGGAUUACUUCCAGUUCCUCUUCCUCCGCAGCCUUUGCAGGAGCAAACCGAUCGAACGGUUUCGCAGCGUGAUGGCGCAGCUCUUCGUCUCAAGUCAAAUAACAACCAGCAGGAAGUAGGAGAGCAGGAAGGGAGUAGGGAAAUGACUAUGGAACGAACCAAUCCUGGGGUGUUUACUCUGCAGCGAGAGCGUCUGGAAGAAAUAGCUAAUCUACGUGAGAGAAUAAUGGCACGCAAAACUUUGCUGCAAGCACAGGGUCUUCUUCCUGUGUCCCCUUCUCGGCAAAAUGUGAAAGAGAACUCCAUUCGAACUCUCCCAGAUGGUAACCCCGAAGCUGAUAUCUUCAACCCUCAUAACAUCCAGGAAAAGAAAAAUGGGCAGAAAAUUUUCGAGACUAUGGAAAUCGAGAAUACUGGGCUGCGAGAGCAGAGGGAUAAGAUAAGAGCACAGACACAACAAAGUGCAUUGGAUCGACAGAAAUCAUAUGGAAUGGUAGCUUCCCCUGCUCAUCGUACGCAAAACAAUCCCACGAUUAUUUGUAGAAGUCAUGAAAGCGGUGUUGCAACCCCACUUCAGCAGGAGAAAAAUACUGCAGUGGAGAGAGCGCGAGAACCGAGCACUUCAAUACCAGCUGAAAUCAGAGUGUUAUUACAGAGGGGAAAGGAACGAAGACAAAGAUUAUCAGCACUAGAUAACAUGAGUUGGUGGAAAAGAGGAAAGAAGAACAGGAGCAAGAGCUUCUGGUAUCGGAACGCAUCAGAUCAUCAAUAG